AAGAGAACCCUCUGUGAGCGACACCCCCUCAACAAUGAGCUCCCACAACCACCCAGACGGACUCCCCAGCAAAGAGCAGCCCAUGGAACUCCUGAAGCCAUCUGCACUCAACCACAUUCCCUCUGUUGAUGUGAGCGCAGCGCUGCCCCUGCCAGUGCCGCCAGCCGCCAUCCCCAUGGACCUGCGUGUGGACCAGCAGUUCGGCCUGCCGGACCCGGCGCCGCGGGAGCAGCAGCUGCAGCAGGAGCUGCUGGCGCUCAAGCAGAAGCAGCAGAUCCAGAGGCAGCUGCUGAUCGCUGAGUUCCAGCGGCAGCACGAGCAGCUGUCCCGCCAGCACGAGGCCCAGCUGCAGGAGCACGUCAAGCACCAGCAGGACAUGCUGGCCCUGAAGCAUCAGCAGGAGCUGCUGGAGCACCAGAGGAAGAUGGAGAAGCACCGGCAGGAGCAGGAGCUGGAGAAGCAGCAGCGAGAGCACAAGCUGCAGCUGCUGAAGAACAAGGAGCGCGGCCAGGAGAGUGCAGUCGCCAGUACAGAGGUGAAGAUGAGGCUGCAGGAGUUUGUUCUGAAUAAGAAGAAGGCCCUGGCACAGAGGAACCUCAACCACUGCAUGCCCAAUGACCCCCGCCUCUGGUACGGGAAAACUCAGCACAGCUCUCUGGACCAGAGCUCCCCACCUCAGACCGGGGUUUCAGCCACUUAUAACCACCCAGUGCUGGGCAUGUAUGACCCCAAAGACGACUUCCCGCUCCGCAAGACAGCCUCGGAGCCCAAUCUGAAGCUGCGCUCGCGUCUGAAGCAGAAGGUGACGGAGCGGCGGAGCAGCCCGCUGCUACGCAGGAAGGACGGCCCCAUCGCCACCGCCAAGAAGCGCUCGCUGGACAUGGCAGACUCAGCCUGUAACAGCGCCCCUGGCUCGGGACCCAGCUCUCCCAACAACAGCUCCAACAACAUCACCAACGAGAACGGCAUCGCUGGCUCUGUGUCCAGCAGCCCGGUGGAGCCGUCUCUGGCCCGCAGGCUGGGCAGUGGGGACGGUCCUGUGAGUCAGCUGUCCCUCUACACCUCACCCUCCCUCCCCAACAUCAGCCUGGGUCUGCCAGCCACCGGCCUGUCCAGUGUGGCCUCCAGCCAGCAGGAGGGGGACAGGCUAGCCAUGGGCAGCCUCCCCAUCGCCACCUCCUUCAUCCCGGGAGCGCACCUGCCCGCCUACCUGGGCACGUCGGCACUGGACCGGGAUGGCAGCCCCGCCCACAGCCCCCUCCUCCAGCACAUGGUGCUGCUGGAGCAGUCGGCCAAUCAGAACCCCCUGGUGACGGGUCUCGGUGCGCUGCCGCUGCAGUCUCCCUCCAUCCAUAAGCUGCGUCAGCACCGGCCGCUGGGCCGCACGCAGUCGGCGCCGCUGCCUCAGAGCACACAGGCCCUGCAGCAGCUGGUCAUCCAGCAGCAGCACCAGCAGUUCCUGGAGAAACACAAGCAGCAGUUCCAGCAGCAGCAGCUGCACAUCAGCAAGAUGAUGGCUAAGCCGAGCGAGCCAGGCCGUCAGCACGAGAGUCACCCUGAGGAGACGGAGGAGGAACUGAGGGAGCACCAGGCCCUGGCCCAGCAGGAGGGCCUGCCCUGCACCGUCACCAUCAAACAGGAGCCGCUGGAUGAGCCCGAGGAGGAGCAGCUGCAGCAGAGAGAGAGGCAGGCUGAGCAGGAGCUGCUCUUCAGACAGCAGGCCCUGCUUCUGGAGCAGCAGAGGAUCCACCAGCUGAGGAACUACCAGGCCUCCAUGGAGGCGGCGGGGCUGUCCGUCACCUUCGCUGGGCACCGCCCCCUCUCCAGAGCUCAGUCCUCCCCGGCCUCCGCCACCUUCCCCAUCACCGUGCAGGAGCCUCCCGCUAAACCGCGCUUCACCACAGGGCUGGUGUACGACACCUUGAUGCAGAAGCACCAGUGCAUGUGUGGCAACACGAACACGCACCCGGAGCACGCCGGCCGCAUUCAGAGCAUCUGGUCCCGCCUGCAGGAGACCGGCCUGCGCAGCAAGUGUGAGUGUAUCCGCGGGAGGAAGGCGACGCUGGAGGAGCUGCAGAUGGUCCACUCAGAGGCCCACGUCCUGCUGUACGGAACCAACCCACUGCGGCAGAAACUGGACUGCUCUGUGACUCCGGUGUUUGUCAGGCUGCCGUGUGGUGGAAUUGGGGUGGACAGUGACACCAUCUGGAAUGAGGUGCACUCCUCCAGUGCUGCCCGUCUGGCCGUGGGGUCCGUCAUCGAGCUCGUCUUCAAGGUGGCAUCUGGAGAUCUGAAGAACGGUUUCGCUGUCGUACGACCUCCCGGACACCACGCUGAGGAGAGCACUCCUAUGGGAUUCUGCUACUUCAACUCAGUGGCGAUUGCAGCCAAACUCCUGCAACACAGACUCAGUGUCAGCAAGGUCCUCAUCGUGGACUGGGAUGUUCACCACGGCAACGGCACCCAGCAGGCGUUCUACGGAGACCCCAGCGUUCUGUAUGUGUCUCUCCAUCGUUAUGACGACGGCAACUUCUUCCCAGGCAGCGGCGCUCCUGAUGAGGUGGGCAGUGGGCCGGGCACCGGCUUCAACGUCAACGUGGCCUUCACUGGGGGUCUGGACCCCCCCAUGGGAGACGCAGAAUACCUGGCAGCGUUCAGGACUGUGGUGAUGCCCAUUGCCAAUGAGUUUGCUCCGGACGUGGUGCUGGUCUCAUCUGGCUUCGAUGCCGUGGAGGGACACCCGCCCCCGCUGGGAGGAUACAAGCUGACGGCGAAAUGUUUCGGCUACCUGACCAAGCAGCUGAUGGGAUUGGCCGGGGGCCGCGUGGUGCUCGCUCUGGAAGGGGGUCACGACCUCACCGCCAUUUGCGAUGCCUCUGAAGCAUGUGUUUCUGCUUUACUGGGAAACGAGUUGGACCCCCUCCCUGCGGAGGUGCUGCAGCAGAGGCCGAAUCCCAACGCGGUGCGCUCGCUGGAGAAGGUGCUGGAGGUGCAGGGUAAAUACUGGCGGGCGGUGCAGCGGUACGCCUCCACGGCGGGAUACUCCCUGAUCGAGGCGCAGAAGUGCGAGACGGAGGAGGCGGAGACCGUCACUGCCAUGGCCUCCCUGUCCGUCGCCACCAAGCAGAUGGAGAAAAGGCCGCAGGACGAGCCUAUGGAGGAGGAGCCACCAUUGUAGGGGUGCGGAGCAGCUCUGUGACCUCCAGCACUCAGAGACUCGCCUGGGUCUCGGACUCCACUCUGCGCACCACCUCUGUUUCAGUUUUACCCUCCGGUCCUGCCCACAUCCCGUUGGCUGUAUCUUAGCCUGGGACAGGUGCGGUGUCCGGGAACGGGAGCCGAAACGGGCCUCACCACGUCAAAGACAAACGCCAGGGACGUUUGCACUUUCCUCUGCGGAGUGGCGCACAGGGCCAGCUGGUCACCCGCAGGGAGGAUUUAGGCCGUGGACUGAACAGUUUGUUUGUGAGUGGGACAGGGACGUGUCCCGCUGUCGAUGUGAAGGCCGGUGCUUUUGAACUGUCUCUGAUCAGAGGCAG